ACCUCUUCCUGCUCUGCUCUUAUUCGGUCCCUCGCUCUCUCAUUCUCCGGUGACCUUGCAUCCCUAACUCCGGCGAAGGCGAAGGUUACGGCGGCGACACCUCUUCUCUUCUUGUCGCAUCAUCCCUUGAAUUGAUUCCCUUCAGGAGUGAUACAAUGGUCAAACAUAAGAAAAUUAAUGCAUUUUCGAAAAGGAAAUUUAUCGGAAGAAGAUGAAAAUUGUAUAGCUUCAACGUGGAUACCUGAAAAGAACCCUUCCGAUGAUCAAACCGUUUAACCGGAUGAGCAGCCAUGCAAGAUUCUAAUAUUUUAGUUAGUAUUUGUCGCUCCCCCAAUAUUUUGGGCAAGAUCCGCCAUUGAACUGAGUUAUGCUUACUUAACAUAUAAUGCAGUACAUAAUCUAGAGUUCAGUCAGUCUAUUAGAUGCACCUGCCAAUGCUACGUCACUCCAACACAAACACUCUCACAAAUUCAUCCAUGUCCCAGUUCCACAAACUCAAUCCUUUCAAAUCUCCCAUUCCCUCUAUCAUCACCAAAUCUUCCACAUCAAACCCGGUCCACUCCUCCAUCAUCAAUGAACCUGGUUCGCUCAACCCACUCACCAACUUAACCACUCUUCUAUCCUUCUGUGCCAAAACAAAAAACCUCCGUUUAGGUCAAACAAUCCAUGCUUCAAUCCUCAUCAAUGGAUUCUUGAACAAAACUUCUUCAUUUCUGAAUUCCCUCAUCAACAUGUACUCAAAAUGCAACCAAAUCCAAACCUCUCGUUUUUUAUUCGACAAUUCUUCGAUCAAAGACAAUGUUUCUUGGAAUUCAAUAAUUUCUGCAUAUGCUAAAUUAGGUACUAAAACUAGUUACGGAGAGGUUUUUCAGCUUGUAUAUAGAAUGCAUCGAUUUGGUUACGCUUUCAGUGAUUAUACUUUAAGUAGUGUACUUAAUGCUUGUUGUUUUUGUGUUGAUGAUAAUUGUUUUUAUGGGAGAUUGAUUCAUGGAUUUGGAAUUAAGCUUGGUUUGGAUUUCAAUGUUGUUGUUGCAACCGCUUUACUUGAUAUGUACGCGAAAAGCGGGUGUUUAAGGGAUGCGGUUAGGGUUUUUGAGGGAUUUGAUUUGAAGAGUAAGAAUGAUUUCAUGUAUAAUGCUAUGAUCGCUGGGUUUUUGAGAGGUGGUUUGUGUUGUGAAAAUGCACGGGAGGCGGUUAGGGUUUUUAAUGAGAUGAGGAGGAUGGGAGUGAAGUGUUCGAAGUUUACAUUUUCGAGUGUUGUUAAAGCGUGUGUUGGUAAUGGUGAUUUUGAGGUUGGGAGGCAGAUUCAUGGUCAGGUUUUGAAGAAUAGUUUAGAGGGUGAUGAGUUUGUUGCGAGUUCGUUGGUGGAUUUGUACUCGUUUUUUGGUGAGAUUGAUGAUGGGUUGAGGUGUUUUGAGAUGACGCCGAAAUUGGAUGUUGUUUCAUGGACGUCGGCAAUUGCAGGUUGUGUGAAAAAUGGAAAGUUUGAAAAUGGUUUGUCUUUGUUUUAUCGGUUUUUGGCUGAUGGAAGGAAACUGGAUGAGUUUAUAGUAUCAAGUGUGAUGGGUGCUUGUGCAGAUAUGGCUGCAGCAAGGACUGGAGAACAGAUUCAGGGUUAUGCAUUGAAAUUCGGUGUUGCGGAUUUUACUGUUGUUAAAAAUACGCAAAUUUGCAUGUAUGCGAAAUCUGGGGACAUCGAUUCCGCUCGGAACACCUUUCAAGAGACAGAGAAACCUGAUGUUGUGUCCUGGUCUGUGAUGAUCUGCAGUUAUGCACAACAUGGUUUUGCUAAGGAAUCUCUUAGACUUUUUGAGUUGAUGACUGUCUCUGGAAUUGUGCCUAACCAGAUCACAUUACUUGGGGUCUUAACUGCUUGUAGUCAUGGUGGUCUCGUUGACGAAGGAUUAGGAUACUACGAAACCAUGAAGAAAGAUUAUGGCAUGGCAGCUAACGUAAAGCACAGCGCUUGCAUUGUUGAUCUUUUAGGACGUGCAGGUAGGCUAGAGGAAGCUCAGAGAUUUAUUUAUGAUUCUGGUUUUGAGGAUGACCCGGUACUGUGGCGUGCCUUGCUCGGUGCUUGCAAGGUCCAUAAGGACACUGAAAUGGGAAAACGUAUUGCUGACAAAGUAAUUGAGCUUGAACCUCAUGAAGCUGCGUCUUAUGUGCUUCUUUACAACUUGUACAAUGAUGUGGGGAAAAAGAAACAUGCUUUAGAGGUUCGGAAGCUCAUGCAGGAUCGAGGAGUUAAAAAGGAACCUGGUAUAAGUUGGAUUGAGGUAGGAAAUACUGUUCAUACAUUUUUGGUGGACGAUCGUUCUCAUCCAAUAAGUGAAUUGAUUUAUUCAAGGUUGGGAGAAUUGUUGGCGAAAAUAAAGGAAAUUAGCUUUGACAAUGAGAAGCUUGCUUUUUACAUCUCUGAAACUGAACAGAGUGGUACUGUCAGAAUGAGCCACCAUAGUGAAAAGUUAGCCGUAACUUUUGGAAUUAUAUCUUUACCAAUAUCAGCACCAGUGAGGGUGAUGAAGAACUUGAGGGUUUGCUCUGAUUGUCAUACAACGAUGAAACUCAUCUCCAAGGUUGAGAAGAGAGAAAUAAUUCUUCGAGAUGCCAUUCGUUUCCAUCAUUUCAAAGAUGGUGUAUGUUCUUGUAAAGAUUACUGGUAACACAAAGAUCAGUUCCUUUUGAUAGCAUAUUUUUGACAAAAUCAACUCCCCCUUGCAAUUAUAUGUAGGCUAGAAAACAUGAUACUUAACUGUUUUAAUAGAAGGAACGGCAGCAUUGCCUAGCUCCUAGGCCAACAGUCUCAAACCUUUUCUAUUUUACGAAAAGGGUGGUAACUAAAAGUAAUUAUUUCCUGAUGAGGCGUGAAUGUGUACAUUAUUAUAAUUGCUCUCAUACAAGUAUGUGAUAUAGAAGAAUCUCUCUAAAAGGUUUUAUAAUUGGUGGACUAAUCAUAUAUACUGCAAGAGGAGGGAAAAAUAAAUAUUGUUUUAUAGUAAAAAGAGGUAGUUGGACUUUUGAACCCAUCACACUCAUGAAGAACAGAACCAAGGUACUGAAGAUGCUCAUUACUAAUAAAUAUGGAAUGGCUUUUAAAACAAGACUAGAGAGCAACAGGUGGUUGAGCACAAUAAUCUGUGUGCUACUAGUAUCCCACUUUAGUUACAAGAGAUCAGGGCGCAUACAUAUUCAUGCCUUCAGACUCUGCGGUUAAUGGGAUUGGAGAUAUCAACUAGAGUCCUUUAAAUUGAUCCAUGGCCAUCAUAGACACGAGACUUGUUAUUUGGAGAUUUGACCGAGCAUUUCCAGUUGACUAAGUUCAAGGAAUUAACGAUUCCACCUCAUUACGGGAAAUUUGAGAAUUCCUCUUCUCUUUCGUACGUCUCUCUCAUGGCUUCACAAACGCUUCUAUCAUCACCCUCGCUCACCCAUGCUGCUCUCAUCGUUCUGCAAAUCGCAAAGGAAUUCAUCUUCACUUCAAUUCUCCCUCUCUCAUCGCCCUCGCUUCGCUUCAAUUCUCCACGAAGAAGAGAGGAGAUCUAAAGAUAGUUGGAAUUUUGAUCUCAACGCACACAUAUUAGGAACAGAACCAUGGUACUGAAUAUGCUCAUUACUAAUAUACAUAAGCGAGACAACAAACUUGGUUCAUACAAUAUCAUUCCAGGCUUAAUUAAAUGGAGGUCAUUCAACAGCUUCUCUAUUAUGAUUUGCUCUAUUGUUUGUAAUCUCCAACUUCGAGUGUAAUUUCUUUGAUUAAUUAAAAAGAAUGAAGACCAACAUUACCUUCGAGUUUGAUGUCAUCGUAAGAUUUCCCCGGUGCCCCCAACCAUUGAAGAUAGCUUAAGGUCAGCCGGAUUGUGGGACUUUACUAAUUUAAACAAAUAUAACGUUGAUAAUCGUUUAAUAGUCGCGUUAUGUGAAAGAUGGAGGCCGGAGACCCACACAUUUCUCUUUCCAUCGGGCGAGUGUACAAUAACGUUGGAAGACGUUCAUAUGCUCCUUGGUUUAAAGGUUAACGGUGAACCGAUUACCGGUAAAACAGAAGUUGGGUGGGAGAUUGUUGAACCUAUUUUAGGAAGUAAGCCAUUGAACUCUCGAUAUCACGGGAAGAGUAUAAGAUUAUCAUGGCUUCAAGAAUAUAUCAAUGGUGUUGGUAUGACAGAUAUCCCCACGACUCUACAUAUGUUUAGAGCCUAUGUCUUAUACUUGAUAGGCUCUCGAAUAAUGCCUAAUUAUAGUGGUAAUUUUGUACAUUUGUCAUUUUUGCAAUUGUUGGAUAAAUCACCUGAGGAGGUUGGACAGUAUAGUCGGGGUUCAGGUUGUUUGGCCACGCUAUAUAGAUCCUUGUGUGACGAUGCAAUAUAUGGCACUACCGAAAUGCCUGGGCGCAUAAUUCUCUUACAAGCAUGGGCGUGGUCAAGAAUGUCAUGCUUAGCUCCCGUGCCAAGGAUACCACCAUAAGCUCAUACACAACUUCCGUUGGCAAAUAUAUGGCUAGAACAUGGUAAUAAAUUCGUGGAAAAUCCUCGGCAUAAUCUCGUAUGUACGCAUUUAAAAAUCGACACCAUGACAUAUGAUCAGUUCUCCUGGAGGCCUUAUGUCAACUUCAAUUACACCAACGAAGAAGAAAGCCAGAUAUGGUCUGCUAACACAUAUCUCAUUUGUUUUCAGAUAGUCGAGAGGCAUCAGACAGACAGAGUAAGGCUUCAAUUUGUCUUACCGCAACACCCACCUUCCUUACCAGAAAAUUUGAAAGAUUUCCACAAAAUUAAUUUGACAAAAGAUAAAAUUAAAGGCUCGUGGAGAGAUAAGCAUCAUCGUCAAGUCCAAAACUGGAACCAACGUCAUCAAUUAGCACUUCACGGCGUUCGGUAUAACCAUGAGGUUUAUCCAAAUCGUCAAUAUUUUGCAUGGUAUUGGGAAUUUUUCGGAGAUCAUCUAUGGCUUUCUAGAGAAGUAUUAUUGUCAAACCCAAGGCAAACAUGUGCAAGAAUUUUACCAGGAUUGUCGCGUGACUAUCCUGCAGUGCCAGAAACUUAUACGGUGCCAGAUGAAAAUAUGUGGUCAAAUACACCUCCAUCCUAUAACCAAUUCAUGACACCUCCACCCACUAACUUUGACCAAACCUUUAACCCAUCCUCCAACUACAACUACAACCAAACUUACCAAUCACCGCCACAACCAACAAACCAAAUCUUACAUAACACCCCAAUCGCACAUCCAAGUUAUUCUCAACAAAGUCAUCAUGGAGAAAGCUCUCGAACAUCAAACUAUUCAUUUGAUGACUUCAAUCCAACUCAGUACACCACACAAACAACUAAUACCAUAGAAAGUCUGGCAGCAGGGUUUAAUGACGAUGACUUCGUUAAUGAAAUCUGGACCAACUCAGCUUCACAAGUGCAAAAUGAAGUCGCUAUGGAAACUAAUGAUGAUGUUGAAAUUCUUGACGAGGAUGUGGAACAGGAAGAGCACGAGGAAGAGCAAGAGCAAAACCAACGACCCGUACGAAAUAAAAAAGAUAAAUUAUGUGCUAUGGGAGGUCAUAGUUUACAUUGGCGUAAAUGGUUUCCGCGGAGAAAGUAGUUUUUGUAUUUGUUUUUAUUUCUUAUGAAUAAAAUAAUUAGUGUUUUUAAAUUAAAUAUAUCAUCAUUAUCA